UCCGGUUUACACGCAAACAUGAGAAAUGGAUUUUAAAUUAUGUCUGUUUUAAGUGACGAUGACAGUGAUUUUAAAGAAAACGGGGACUUGGGACUAGGCUUAGGUUUAAAACCAGGAGGUCUUCGGUUGAAUUUUAAUGAUAAUAAUAACUGUCAGGGGAUCCCAUCGAAAAAAUCAACACAAUUAUACACUCCAAUUGCUCAAAAUAAAUAUCGCACCUUACCCUUUCUGAAAGCGAAAAAAAUAGAUAUCAAAAUCAAACAAACUGGAACUGCAGAAGAAACUCCAGUGAAGCAUCAUACACAGCAAUGUGAACUUGAAAAUCAAAGUGAAGGUUGCUGCAGUCGUGUGAUGAACAAAUCCCCAGAUUUGUUGAAAAAGAUUGGAAAAGAAGAAAUAGAAAGAAAACUGAAAACCGCUGAAGAAGAAGUUGAAGAACUUAAAUGUGAAAUAGAAGUUUAUCAGAAAAGACUGGAUGCCAAAUAUAAAGCAAUAGCAAUAUUAAGAGAGCAGUCUAAAAAGCUACAAGACUUUAGGGAAGUACAGAAGAAGAAAACUUACAAAUAUAAUUAUUCAUUGGAACAGGAAGUAAAUAAGCUGCACUUUGAGUUGGACCAAAAGGAGGUAUCAUUAGAGAACAGUCAAGCUAUAUGGGCUGAAAGAUUUGACAAUGUGUGUAGAGAGAAUUCCUCAUUAACAUCUGUACUGGAGGAGAAAAACAAGGCUUUACAGAAAGUGACAGCACAGAAUAAAGGUCUAAGCAGAGAGAGAGAUGAGUUAUUGGCCCUACUAGAUGUAAAAGAAAGAGAGCGAUACAUGAAGACUUGCAGCAGGUCUUCAGAUGAUCACUAUAGCAACUAUACUUCAGCAGAGAUUGCAGUUUUGGGAGCCUGUAAAUGUAGAGUUACUUCCCCUGAACCAUGUGGUUGUGCCCAUGCAGCAGCUCACUUGAGACAAGAAGUGUCUAGAUUAAAAUCUCAGGUAGAAUCUCACAAGAAAAGGAAGAAAGAAGUGAUGUUAACAGUAGAUGCUUACAGACAGGCGUUUGAGGAACAAUUACAGAAAAAUAAAGUCUUCCUAUCUCAGCUAACUUCAAUGGCAGUACCAGGGACCAACAAGCUUGAGAGAGCUAAAGCUGUCUUCAGGUUCCUGUUAGAAACAUUAAAUGAUGACGAUCUGAUGAGACGUACAGUUUCUAAUUCUAAGUUGGGUGUUUGUAUGGAGAAUGGUGAAGUGGAUAACAGACCAUUAACAGACAGGGAACUAGUUCUUGUUCUUACACAAAUUCUGCAUGAGAGAAAUGAAGCAUAUGCCCACCAGAAAAUAGCUUCCCAAGUUCUGGCAGAAAAAGUCAAAAAAUUAGAGACACAGCUAUCUCAGCAGGAUGAAGUCUUUUCUUCCUGACAGUAGCUUGUGUAUAUCUCAACAUUUUAAUUGUCAUAUCAGAGGGGGACAAAGUAAUAUUACUUACAGACUUCCAUAUGUCUCAUUAUUUUCAUUUUUUAAAAAUGCAAUUUUGCCAACAGACUUGUAAAUCAUAUAUUCCAUCUUCACUACAUCAUCAUACAGCUUGGUUCUCUCUUGGUGGAGACUGGGGAAAAUUUGUCAAUUUUAUAUACCAGUCAGAUAGGACCAUAACCAUGAUUACAAGCUUGAUGCAUUGUUAUGACACUUAUCUGUCUAAUGUUGGAGACUAUAUUGUAGUUAAGAUGUCUUCUGGAUACUAGUCUCUCAAGUUUCAGGCUAAUCAAGAGUUUGAGCAAUGGUGUUAUUUAUUAUAUAGUUUUGUCUUUGUUAUUUAUGAGAUGUUGUUUAUUAAAUGAUUUGUUUUUGAGGGAUUAUCUCACUAAAUAAAAGAUUGAUAGGUUAAACUUUUGGAAGAUGAUUUUGCGAACUCAUUGUCAAAAGAAAUCUUAUGCAAAUUUUUAUACGACCGCAAAUUUUGAAAAAAUUUUCGUCGUAUAUUGCUAUCACGUUGGCGUCGUCGUCGUCGUCGUCGUCGUCCGAAUACUUUUAGUUUUCGCACUCUAACUUUAGUAAAAGUGAAUAGAAAUCUAUGAAAUUUUAACACAAGGUUUAUGACUAUAAAAGGAAGGCUGGUAUUGAUUUUGGGAGUUUUGGUCCCAACAUUUUAGGAAUUAGGGGCCAAAAAGGGCCCAAAUAAGCAUUUUCUUGGUUUUCGCACUAUAACUUUAGUUUAAGUUAAUAGAAAUCUAUGAAAUUUUGACACAAGGUUUAUAACCACAAAAUAAAGGUUGGGAUUGAUUUUGGGAGUUUUAUUUUCAACAGUUUAGGAAUUAGGGGCCAAAAAAGGGCCCAAAUAAGCAUUAUUCUUGGUUUUCGCACAAUAACUUUAGUUAAAGUAAAUAGAAAUCAAUGAAAUUUAAACACAAUGUUUAUGACCACAAAAGGAAGGUUGGUAUUGAUUUUGGGAGUUUCGGUCCCAACAGUUAAGGAAUUAGGGGCCAAAAAGGGACCCAAAUAAGCAUUUUUCUUGGUUUUCGCACCAUAGCGUUAGUAUAAGUAAAUAGAAAUCUAUGAAAUUUAAACACAAGGUUUAUGACUAUAAAAGGAAGGUUGGUAUUGAUUUGAGUUUUGGUCCCAACAGUUAAGGAAAAAGGGGCCCAAAGGGUCCAAAAUUAAACUUUGUUUGAUUUCAUCAAAAUUGAAUAAUUGGGGUUCUUUAAUAUGCCGAAUCUAACUGUGUAUGUAGAUUCUUAAUUUUUAGUCCCGUUUUCAAAUUGGUCUACAUUAAGGUCCAAAGGGUCCAAAAUUAAACUUAGUUUGAUUUUAACAAAAAUUGAAACUUUGGGGUUCUUUGAUAUGCUGAAUCUAAAAAUGUACUUAGAUUUUUGAUUAUUGGCCCAGUUUUCAAGUUGGCCCAAAUCGGGGUCCAAAAUUAAACAUUGUUUGAUUUCAUCAAAAAUUGAAUAAUUGGGGUUUUUUGAUAUGCCAAAUCUAACUGUGUAUGUAGAUUCUUAAUUUUUGGUCCUGUUUUAAAAUUGGUCUAAAUUAAAGUGCAAAGGGUCCAAAAUUAAACUAAGUUUGAUUUUAACAAAAAUUAAAUUCUUGGGCCUCUUUGAUAUGCUGAAUCUAAACAUGUACUUAAAUUUUUGAUUAUGGGCCCAGUUUUCAAGUUGGUCCAAAUCAGGAUCUAAAAUUAUUAUAUUAAGUAUUGUGCAAUAGCAAGUCUUUUCAAUUGCACAGUAUUGUGCAAUGGCAAGAAAUAUCUAAUUUCACAAUAUUGUGAAAUAGCAAAUUUUUUUUUAAUUAAGAGUUAUCUUUCUUUGUCCAGUAUAGUAAGCAAGAAAUAUCUGCAAGAAUUUUUUUUAAUUGGAGUUAUCUUUCUUUGUCCAGAAUCAACUUAAAUCUUUGUUAUAUACAAUAAACAAUGUAUAUUCACUUUUUACUACCAACUGAUAAAUUUAAAUAAUCUUUACCAUUCAGUGAUAACAAGCAGUUUUUUUACAUCAUGUAUUUAAAUGAGUAGUAAUUGUUGCAAACUCCAUUAGAAUAUUUUAAUUGAAAUUAGUUUUGGAAUAAGGGAAAGGGGGAUGUGAAUAAAAAAUUGGGUUAAAUUUUUCUCAUUUGAAAUUUCAUAAAUAAAAAGAAAAUUUCUUCAAACAUUUUUUUGAGAGGAUUAAUAUUCAACAGCAUAGUGAAUUGCUCUAAGAGAAAACAAAAAUUUUAAGUUCAUUUGAAUACAUUCAUUCUGUGUCAGAAACCUAUGAUGUGUCAACUAUUUAAUCACAAUCCAAAUUUAGAGCGGAAUCCAGCUUGAAUGUUGUGUCCAUACUUGCCCCAACCGUUCAGGGUUCAACCUCUGCGGUCGUAUAAAGCUACGCCCUGCGGAGCAUCUGGUUUAUAUGAGUUAAAAUGUUGUGUUCUAGUUUUUUUUAUUUAUGUAAUUUUUUGCUUUUUGAUGUUGUUCCUUUUUUUGAGGCAGGGAUUGGGGGAUGUUAUGCUGUGGCACAUAGUUGAGUUUUAAAUUUAUUUAAAUCUGUAUGAUAAAUGGCCAGUUUUGGUCAUGUAGGGUAUAUGAUGUUUAUAAUGUGCAAUUGAUGUAAGAAUAACAUUUCUGCACAAAUAAUGACACAUAUUAUACUGUCUCCUUUAGUCACAACCCCAUUAUAGUCAUCUAUCGUCAGUCAGCAUUAGAUAUAUAUAUAUAUAUAUUUGUCUUUAGAUUGUUAUAUUAUUCAUGACAAACAAUUUUUAGCAUUCAUUUUGUAAUUUAAUAACAUACCCAUUUAACAGUUUUUGGUGUAUUUUCUAGGCUUGUAGAAAUAACAAGUUUUUACAUUCAGAAUUUUUCCUUAAUAAAAAACAAAUGAGCUAGCCAGUGAGUGAGUCAUGUAAACUUAAGGGCAUACAAUACAGUUUUGAUCCUGUAUUUACAGUUUGAUUUAAAUUUCCAUAUAGGCCAUAUUUUGCCGGAUUAAAUCAAAUAUUUAACUCAAAAAUAUACCUCCAUGUGCUACUUUUUGAGUUAAAUGAGGUCGAAAUUUUGUAUAUAUGCUCAAAAUUCAGAUUUGUGGCUGUAUUUUUCUUUUCGAAAGAAAGACAUAACUUUUUUGUUUUAAAAGAUAAACACAAAUUGUAUUUUGUUAAAUACACUGUAAUUUCUGUAUUUUAUAAGUAUCUUAAAAUUUAGGCAUGUUUUAUUCAGAAAUAACUCAUAUUUAUCAAAUGGUCAUGAAUGGAGAAAAAAACGUCAUUUUUUGCUGUAUAUUUAUCAAAAUUAAAAAAAUUGCACUAUUUACAGUUUUAUAAAGUUUUGUCCACAUAAUCUUCCUGGAAAAGGAAACAAAAUGUCGUUGUAAAAAAUAGGGGUCCAUGCACUCGUUUCCAAAUUAAAUCAUUUGAAUGAUUAAAUUUAGUUGAAAAAUGCGUCUUUUCCCUAUAUAUCACAGUUUGAAGUCGUGAAAAUAACAUUAUUCAUUAGUAACGUCAUUCCUCCCCUGUAACUGUAUCGCAUGCCCUUAAGUCAGCAUCAGAAAAUGUAUUAUAAUGAAAAUAUUUAUCCUUACAUUAUAUUUUCCUUUCUUUAAGUUCUAACUGCAAAAAGAAUGUCAUCAAUGCCCUUCAGUACUCACAGCACUUUGAUCAAGCUGCCUGAGUGAGUAAAGAGAAAUGAUGAAACCUCAUAUAAUUUUCAUACUGUUACUUGAUUUUACAGUAUUUCUGACCGACUAAAUGAUAAUGCUAGAAAGACAGAAUUGCCAAAAUCAACAUGUGACUAGAUAACUAUAAGUACAUUAUAUUGUAGACUAAUCUAUAAUCAAAUAUACAAAAAAAUUGUUAUUGUCAUAAUGACAGAAUAUGUGCUAAAAAAAGUAAGUUUUUACAAGACAAAAGGGCAUUUAUAUUUUAAUUUAUAUGAAACAGUAAUUGUGUUGUCUUGUUCUAAUCAGACUUGUUAUGUUCAAAAGAUAAUUUUUAUAUGUAAACAUUUUUGUAAGGAAAAUGGUCAUUCAUUGAUGAUUUUUUUUCCAUAUAACUAAAACUGCUGAUUUUUUAAGCAAUAAUUUGUAUACAGAUCAUUGUAUGGCUCCUCUAAUUGUCUCAUAAAUUUAUAUAAAGAAACAAAAGAAAAGGGUAAAGGGAAAAUAUGUAACACAUUAUUUGCCAAGUGAGUUUAAAUUGACUUGUUAACACAAGGAUAAGAUUCAGAUAUCAAGCUCAUGUCCUUUAGUAUGUAAAAUAAUUAUUGUGUGGUUCUACUUUAGAGUUAAAAUGUGCAAUUUCAAAAUAUGUAUGCCUAGGACUGAUUUUCUGGUGCAAUAUUCAGUAAAAUUGUUUACCAGCUAUAACACAUAACAGUCAAAAUCUGUUAGACAGAAUCUACAAAGUUCUUGAUCAAGAUGGAUGGAAAUUGUGUUGGUUAUUUGCCAAUCUUAAAUUAAUAACUUUUGUGUUUUAAACAUUCUUUUGUUUAUAUAUAUACUAUAUUACAUAAUUAGCAUUAUAAGAGUAAUUUUGAAGUUAAAUGGUCACAAAUAUAGCUUUAUUUUAUAGAUAUAUAUUAUUUAUACUUUUAAGUUGUUAAAAGUAAAUUUUAUUUUAUUUACGUAUAUCUUGCCUUUUCAAUUGAAUUGAAUAAUUUAUACUUGAAAAUCUUGUCUUUAAAUGAACUAGGUAUAGAAGUUACACUAAAUGUGCUGCAUAGAUUGCAUGGUUGCAUCUGUUGUGAAGUAUGACUUGGAUAUCAAAUUAUAUAAUCUGAAAAUGUUGACAUAUAUAGAUUUUACCACUUAACAAUAUUAAUCUUCUCUGUUAAGAAACCUUGUGUUUAAAAGUUUAAAUAUUUAAUGCAUUAAAAUGGCCAGAACCACUUCAAAUGCAUACAGCAUGAGAGAAAUGCCUUCACAUGUGUACCUCCUUAAAAUCAUGGAAAAAAAUAAUUUAGAUGGAAUAAUAGAUAUUCAAGUCAAAUGGAUGUUUAUUGAUGUUAUGCCAGCAGUCAUUCUGGGGAGGGAGGUCAGCUUUGAUGCCUCUCAGGUCAUUCUGGGGAGGGAGGUCAGCUUUAAUGCCCCUCAGGUCAUUUUGGGGAGGGAGGUCAGCUUUGAUGCCUCUCAGAUCUAGAUUCUUUGUAUAUCAUAUACAAAUUAUGAGGGAUUGAUGAAGUUUAGUCGCAUCUGGUGCAAGAAAAUUGGUACCGUUAAUUUUAUUAGUCAUUGUGAAUUCCGUCAAAGUUUUACUAUGUAUUUUAUAUGGAUUUUGUGAAUUUUUAGCGAACUAUGGCUGUAGAUCAUUCAUCAUAUUUACUUAUACAUGUAAUUGUAUCAUAUAUUUUUUGGCAUUUGUUAUAGUUGCAAUUUUUACAGAUUUAUUUUCAUAUUUUUUAGAAGAAAAUGUGUUGAAUUCAGUUCCAUUUUCAGAAUAGAUUGUUUAGUGUAAACAGUAAUGAAAUUAAAAGAAAUCAAAACAAUUCAUUAGUUUUAUUGAUGGUCAUGUAUUGGUUUUGUUAUUUGUAUAAUGUGAUGCACUUUGGGUUUAUUGUUGUGUUAGUGUUUUGUUAUUAGUUUUUGUUUUUUGUCUUCCAUUAUGUUGUACUUUUUAAAUGUAUUUUAUAGUUUCAAGUUUUGUGUUUUUAUUUUAAAAUUAAGUUAUGAUUCUUUGAGGAGUCAUAUCAGAUGAUACCUCUUGGUAAAAACAAAUUUGGAGAUCUUCAGAAAACAAAAUCCAAUAAUCAAUGCCUGUCAAAGUUGUCCAUUCGUUUGAUCUGUUUUAUCAUUUGAUUUUGCCAUUUGAUGAGGGACUUUCUGUUUUGAAUUUUCCUGGGCGUUCAGUAUUUUUGUGAUUUUACUUUUUAUAAAGUUAAUAUAAAAGACACAGAUUAUCACAUUUGUUAACUCUCAAUAUUUAUUUUAAAUCAUUCCAAUUGUAAAUUCCAUCAGAUGAUCCAAUGUAUAUAACAUUUGGAACACAGGCUGAAAUGUUUCUAAUAAGAAAGUAAUGGAUUAAUUAUAAUGUUUUUCAAAGAAAAUAGUUCCUCAGAGUCCAUAAUGUUUAAUGGUUAUUUAAAACUUUACUCUCGUUGUCAUAUAGUUUAUACAUUAGUGUUAUAUGUUGAGAGUUGAGAAAGUUUAUAUGGGGGCUUUGAUCCUUUAAAUGAAGGAAAAAUAAUCAGUAAGCAAUAAGUUCCUUUAUAAUUAUUAAACAUUUUUGAAGCCUCAAAACAGCAUCUUUAAUGAUAAGAGAGUAUUAGGUGAGUUAAAUGACAAAAAUGAAGUCAAUUUAGUAGUAAAGGAUGUUCAAAGAAUUGUUCAACUGAUUUUGAUGUUAUUGGGAUGACUUUUUGAGAUAAAGUAAGCAAAUAUCAGGUGGGAUGACUUUUUGAGAUAAAGUAAGCAAAUAUCAGGUGGGAUGACUUUUUGAGAUAAAGUAAGCAAAUAUCAGGUGGGAUGACUUUUUGAGAUAAAGUAAGCAAAUAUCAGGUGGGAUGACUUUUUGAGAUAAAGUAAGCAAAUAUCAGGUGGGAUGACUUUUUGAGGUAAAGUAAGCAAAUAUCAGGUGGGAUGACUUUUUGAGAUAAAGUAAGCAAAUAUCAGGUGGGAUGACUUUUUGAGAUAAAGUAAGCAAAUAUCAGGUGGGAUGACUUUUUGAGAUAAAGUAAGCAAAUAUCAGGUGGGAUGAAUUUUUGAGAUAAAGUAAGCAAAUAUCAGGUGGGAUGAAUUUUUGAGAUAAAGUAAGCAAAUAUCAGGUGGGAUGACUUUUUGAGAUAAAGUAAGCAAAUAUCAGGUGGGAUGACUUUUUGAGAUAAAGUAAGCAAAUAUCAGGUAACCUUUAGCUUUGUAUUAUAUAUCACAUGCAUCAGUGAAAAUAGUUUUUUGCACCAGCUUUUAAUAAGAAACAGAAAACACAUUCUCUGUGAAUAUUUCUUUAGCCAAGGGCUGUUAUUUCACAACAUGUUUAAUUAAAGAAUGCAAGAUUUUGUGAACUUAUCAUCAUUUCAAGGUCAUAUAAUCCACGCAAAUCAAAACUGCAAUGUUUUAUCAAAGUGCAUUGAUCCAAUGUUUUAAGUGUGAACAUAUAAUAAAUAUUGAAAUCCAUUUGAUUUUAUAGUCAAUUUGAUCCCCAAAUCUUCUCCGAUUUGCAUCAUGUGAUUGGUUUGGGGUCCAUUUUCAUUAUAAUAAGGUAAAUUGAUUUUACUGGUGAUUGAUUGGUUAUCAUUCUACUUAUGUGCAAUUAUCAUUUGAUAGUGAUAUAUUUAUACUUGAUGUUAUUAUAAUAAAAUGUUUAUUUGAA